UAUCCCAAAAACACAAUUGCUCUGUUAUCAAAGGGAUGUGAAGUUGAUGUUAGCCACCUCCUUCCUCACAGUUCUUAAAAUACUUGAACCCAUUUUGUAUGUCCCAUCUCACUUCCAUACUAACUACCACUCCCUCCCUGUUAACAACCUUUUGAAUUCUUGUUCCUCUCUUUCAGACCUCAAACGAAUCCAUGCUCUCAUCCUCACAAAUGGGUCCCACAAAAACCUCCUCUUAUCCACCAAACUCAUCACCUUAGCUCGUUCGGUGGCCCCAACAAUGGACUAUGCCCGCAAACUGUUUGAUUUAAUGCCUGAAAGGGAUUUAUUUCUCUGGAACACCAUGAUUCGAGGUUAUGCCGAUCUGGGUCCUUGCCAAGAAGCCAUAGUUCUCUAUAGAGACAUGCAUCGGAUUGGAUUAUUACCUGACAGCUAUACUUUUCCUUCCGUGGUUCGAUCUUGUGCUGUCCUCUCAGCUUUGAUGGAAGGGAGAGAAGUGCAUUGUAACAUAAUUAAGAAUGGACUUGAUUUGGAUGUAUUUGUACGGAGUUCAUUAAUUACAAUGUACUCGCAGAGUGGGGAGAUUUUCAAUUCGGAACUAGUUUUUGGUGAGAUGGUUGUGAGAAACAUAGUUUCUUGGACUGCAUUGAUUGCAGGAUAUGUGCAAAAUGGAUUUUUUGAAAAAGGGUUGGGUGUUUUUCGUGAGAUGGUAGCUUUGGGGACUCAACCGAAUGCAAUUACACUCGUGAGCAUUCUUCCCGCCUGUGCUGGUUUGGAGUUUUUGAACUUGGGGAAAUUGGCUCAUGGUUGUGCUGUUAAAUUGGGGGUGGACUCUGAUAUUUCACUGAUUAACACUUUAAUCACUCUUUAUGGUAAGUGUGGAAUUGUUGAUACUGCCAGAUCUUUGUUUGAUCAGAUGCCAGUCCGAAGCCUGGUCUCGUGGAAUGCCAUGAUUGCUGCUUAUGGACAGACUAAUGCUGAUCGGUUUGCAAUUAAGCUCUUCCAUAGAAUGCUAAUUGAAAAUGUGGAAUUUGAUUAUAUCACAAUGGUUAGUGUUAUAUCAGCUUGUGCUAAUUUGGGAGCACUCAAUACUGGGAAAUGGAUACAUAAGCUUGUGAGGAACAAAGGUCUUGAAACUAAUGUUUCGAUUACUAAUGCUUUAAUUGACAUGUAUGCAAAAUGUGGAAACAUAGAUUUGGCAAGGGAUGCUUUCAACAAGUUGCCACAUAAAAGUGUUGUGUCCUGGACUUCAAUUAUAGGGGCCUGUGCAUCUCAUGGGCAUGGGGACGAUGCUUUGAAGCUUUUCACAAAGAUGAAAGAGGAAGGAAUUAGGCCAAAUAGCUUCACCUUCAUUUCUGUUUUAACAGCUUGUAGGCAUUCAGGUUUGGUAGAAGAAGGGAAGAAGCAUUUUGAGAGCAUGACAAAAGAUUACUUAAUCGGGCCUGCUGUAGAGCACUGUGCUUGUAUGGUGGAUCUUCUAGGUAGAGCUGGCCAAUUGGUGGAGGCUUAUGAGUUUAUCGAGAACAUGCCAAGUGGACCAGAUAUUGGUGUUUGGGGAGCUUUGCUUGGUGCUUGUAGAAUCCAUGGGAAUCUUGAGCUAGCAGAGCUUGUUGCUGACCGAUUGCAUCAGUUGGAGCCUCAAACUGUUAGUUUUUAUGUCCUUAUGACAAAUAUCUAUGCUGAGGCUGGAAGGUGGGAAGACGUAGCAAGAUUGAGGAAGUUGAUGGAAGAAAGAGAGUUGAAAAAGAUUCCAGGCCAUAGUUUGGUGGAGGUAAACCAGAGGUUUCAUACAUUUUUAUCAGGUUCAAAAUCACGGCCUUUCUAAAGUGUUAUAUUCAAGUAUAUCACAUUCAUCUCAAGUACUGUGGCCAACAUGUAUAAUAUAGGAUGCAAAAUGGAUACUAGUUUCUUGUAAGCAAUGACUAGCAUUUGGCAAAAUGUACCUCCGAAAGAUUGAGCUAGCUGAGUGGAUUGAUUAACCUAUGAACACUAUCCUAAUGGUAAAGUUGGGAGUCCAAAGGAUUUAUUUUAAGGGACAAAAUUUGCAUGGCUGGUGGCAAUAUCCUUAAAGUGGUAAUAGCCAGUUGGUUUGUCGAAAACUAAAUAUUUAUUUAUUUAUUUGUUAGUCAUAUAUUUAAGUUUUGUGCCUUUGUUACAGCACAACAUUGGAAAUUUUCAGUUGGAAUAAUGUUUUCUCUGUCGUUACCGAAUAUCACAUUGAUGUAAAAGUGAUAUGAUAUCUAUCCUCACAGAAUGUUAUUGAAGUCAAUAAACUACCUGAGAUAAUCUCUAAAGCUAAUACAGCUUUCUUUUCAUUUUUUUUUUAGAGGGUGACAGCUUUCUUUUCAUUGAGACAUGUAAAAAUGAAAGUUCCCUCGUGGUAUUCUUUUCAUUUUAAGUAUCAUGAUUUCUUACACAUCCAGAAUCCAGAGUUUUUUUUUUUUUUUUUAAUCCCUGAGCCAUCUUCCGGAAACUUGAAGAAAUAAAUCUGUUGCAAUUCUUAAUGAUUAUGUUGAUGAUCAGGUCACUUGUUACGCAUAAGUUGCCUUGCAAUUAGUUAUUUGCAUCACGAACAACAAGACCUGCCAUAAAUACUAACGGAAA